AUGGCCCUCGACCCCAAGAUCUCGCUUCUCAAGAUGUUCACGACCAAGUACGACGACCUCAUGAGUGCCACGGACGACUCGCCGUCGUCGACACCCGACGUUCGUGUGGGCGGGAAGCGCGCCCAUGGCGCCGACGGGCUCGUCACCAAGGUCCGCAGCCUGGUGCUCACAGAGGCUCUCCGAGACGUGUGCAACCUCUGCUUUGAAGACCAUUCGCUCGCCACCCUCCACUCGGCGUGCGGACGCUGCGCGACCAAGUGCUGCGACUCAUGCCUGUCGCGGUGGUACGGUGCCGUGCAGCCGGGCAAGAUGGUGCUUGCGUCCAACCUCGGGUGUCCGUUCUGCCGUCGGGUGCCCACGCUUGGUGUGCUCCGCAAGCACAACCGGCAAGCGUGUGCACUUGUCGCCUCCAAAAUGACGUGGUGCGCAGAAAUGUACUAUGGCUGGUGCCUCGGCUGCUACAAGGUCAAGGAGCUGGCCGAGCGCAACUGCGCUGUCGAGCCUCCCGUAGACGUCGAAACGUUCCGCUGCAACGAGUGCAUCGACGGAGGGGGCGAGCUUAACGUGUGCCCCGGGUGCUUUGUCGAGACAGAGAAGACGGGCGGCUGCAAUCACAUGACGUGCGUCUGUGGUCAACACUGGUGCUUUGCCUGCGGUGCCGGGUUCGCGACCGCGGAUGAUGUGUACGAGGUACACCGGGGCAUCGGCAACGACCAGUAG